AUGGCCAUCGAUCGUGGUACAUCAAGCAGCACGAAUCGUGAAGCUGUGGUCUCCCGAUCGUUCUGGAAGGCUCGAGGCCCCAACCCAGUUCACCAUCCCCUCCCCCAAGAAAGCUUUCCCGCUCCUCCUUUACAAAACCCCCCACCAUUUCGCACCCCCUCUCCCUCGCCGCAAGAAUCCAAAAUCAUCACAGCAGAGAGAGAGGGAAAGAGGAGAGAGAAAGAGGAGAGAGAGACCAUGGCCUCCGCCGUCGUUUGCAAGGGCGAGGGUGCCGCGCCGGCCAGCCUCCUCAAGUCCGCUGCUCCCGUGGCCUUCUGCCCGCUCCGCUCCCCCGCCGUCACCGCCGCCCGCUGCCCGUACAACACCCAGGUCAAGGAGGUCAGCCGCUACGACGACGACAACGACGACGACCGCGACCUCGUCAUCCCCAGCUUCUUCUCGCAGGACGUGCUCGACCCGCUCGGCGCGCCGACCAGCAUGGCCCGUCUGCUGUCUCUGAUGGAGGACGUCGCAACUAAGACCGGCGGCCUCUCCUCCACUGCUGGUGCUGGGGCGUCGCGGCUCGGACGGUGGGUGGCCAAGGAGGACGACGACGCGGUGUACCUCAAGGUGCCGAUGCCGGGGCUGACCAAGGAGCACGUGAAGGUGCGCGCGGACAAGAACAUCCUGGUGAUCGAGGGCGAGGGCGAGAAGCAGCCCUGGGACGGCGACGACGACUCCGCGGUGCCAAAGUACAACCGCCGCAUCGAGAUGCCCGCUGCUGACGCGUACAAGAUGGACAAGAUCAAGGCCGAGAUGAAGAAUGGCGUGCUCUGGGUCACCCUGCUCAAGGUCAAGGAGGAGGAGCGCACGGACGUCUUCCACGUCAAGGUCGAGUAG